GCAAGGUUUAAGUCCCCCCCACCCCUCUCUCUCUCUAUGGGCUGUCUCUCUCUCUGCUCUUUCUGCUUCGCGCUCAGAGCCACCAGUUCCAGUUUCAGUUUCACACAAAGCACAGUAAAACCCUAGUAAAACCCUCUCACACAUAACCAUUACUAUUUACUGUGUCCUCCGAAAGGCUUAUCAGGACGGCUCUUCUCGGCGCCAAGCUCGGAAGAGUUGCAAUGGCGGUUUCCUCUCAACCCGCCCGCUUUAAGCCCUCUUCUUGCCCGCCGGCUCCCUGGUUUUCCCCUUCUUAUCGUCGCUCUUCUUCCGUCGCUUCUCCCCUCUCCUUCUGGCGUUCCUCCAGGAAAGCGCUCCACAGGAAGGGAGAUUGUGCAGUCCGCCAUGUUUCUGGUCCAUUAUCAAAUAUGGUUGCGUUUAGUAGUUCUUUGCAGUUUAAACGAGGUUCAGGUUAUAAUGCCAUGCCACUUUGUGAAAAAUAUACACAGAAUGACAUGAAAUUUUGUCGCCAACAAAUUGAAUGGAAGCUUGUGGUUCCUACCCAGUCAAAAAAUUCUUCUUCUUCAAUUGCUCGGAUGCUUCCUGAUCUUCCAGAUCAUACUAGUUCUAAAGGAAACUCCUUCUCUGGGGGUUUUGGUAGCCUGCAAGGGCUGGAGGAAGAAGAGACACAAGGAUGUCAGAGAGGAAGUGCUUCAGGUGCUGCUGGAACACCUUGGCUUGAGGAGAGGAAAAAGUUAAGGGAUACGAGGAUGUCGAGUUGUCGAAAUAGAGACGGUAGUUAUAGAGAUACGGGAAUUCCGUCCGAAGGGCAUACUGGAACAAUUAUGCAAUUUGGAUUGGAGGGUCUGCAAUAUGAUAGCACUUAUGAAAGUCUAAAAUGUUAUUCAAAUGCCAAUGGAGAAAGACCUUUGCAAAGCUCCUUUAGACAGGAAAAUGUGGGAAUUGAACAAAUUAACCUGCAAGUUCAUAGAACAACACAUAAAUCCAGCAGUGAAUGUAGUGAAGGAAGCAGACGCUUGGUGUCUGGCUUGACUAAUGAUGGUAUUGCUACGUGCACUACAACUUAUGGUGCAGUGAGUCUUAUUGGCAAUGACAAUGAAUUAACCAAAUUGUCCUCAUGGCAAUAUUCAAGUGACAAUCCACAGUCUAAUGCUAGGAAUGGAGCUUUGAGAAACACAGUGGGACAGGGGCUCUUGGCUGAUCCUUCAGUAAUUUAUGUGCCUUCAGACGAAUCCAUUAGUCUUCAGCCAAAAUAUUUCAGAAAGGAUAAAAGGCAAUCUGGUACAACUGAGGGUCAUGUUCAACAUAUGCCAGCUUCCUCUCAACACAAAUACAGAAAGAGCAAAAAUACAUCUGAUCAUAAUAUUGGUGGUCCAACUCAUUAUCUGAGGGAACAAGAUUCAUCUUCUGCACAAACAUUCCUAAAAGGUCUGCAGCCUAAUGGGUUAUCAUCGAGGCAGCUCUUAGAGGAAUGGGAGGAAAGAAAUUUGGAAAAGCUUCAUGGUGGCACCAUUGACGAACUUCAAAAAGAUGCAAUAGAUAGCAAUACUGUAAAUGGAGGCAACAUUAGACCAAAGACUGUUCAUGAUCCUAAUCCUCGUAAGAGGCUUCUUGAUAUUUAUGAUAAGGUUAUUGUAGUUGACAAUAUAACCAACGCAGAGGAAAUUGUUAGGAAGCUUACAAAUCAAUACAGGCACUGUGUCCAUGCAUGUGAUACAGAGGUGGCAAAUAUUGACGUCAAACUGGAGACACCUGUGGACCAUGGAGAAAUAAUAUGCUUUAGUAUUUAUUCUGGACCAGAAGCAAAUUUUGGUAAUGGAAAAUCAUGCAUCUGGGUAGAUAUUCUUGAUGGUGGUGGCAAGGAUCUGUUGGCUGUAUUUGCUCCAUUUUUUGAAGAUAAAUCCAUCAAAAAGGUUUGGCACAAUUAUAGCUUCGAUAAACAUGUCAUAGAGAACUAUGGUCUUGAAGUGCGUGGUUUUCAUGCUGAUACAAUGCAUAUGGCUCGACUCUGGGACUCUUCAAGGAGAACAAAGGGUGGUUAUUCUCUAGAGGCACUUACGGGUGAUCCAAAGGUGUGCCCUGGUGAAAAUUUGAUUGGCAAAAUGUCAAUGAAAACCAUCUUUGGCAGGAAAAAGAUGAAAAAAAAUGGAUCUGAAGGCAAAAUUAUCACUAUCCCCCCUGUUGAAGAACUUCAAAGGGAACAAAGGGAAGAAUGGAUUUGUUAUUCUGCCUUAGAUUCAAUGAGUACAUUCAAACUAUAUGACAGCUUGAAAUCAAAACUAUUGUUGAAGGAAUGGAAACUUGAUGGGAAUACAAAAGGAACAAUGCUAGACUUUUAUGAGGACUACUGGCUACCAUUUGGUGAACUCCUUGUAGAAAUGGAGACUAGUGGGAUGCUGGUGGAUCGAUCCUAUCUUGCUGAGAUGGAAAAGGUGGCUCGAGCAGAGCAGCAGGUUGCUGCUAAUAGGUUUUGCAGAUGGGCAUCUAAAUAUUGUGCAGAUGCUAAGUAUAUGAAUGUAGGAAGUGAUGCACAAUUGCGCCAGCUCUUCUUUGGUGGAACUCAGAAUAGCAAGGACCAUAAUGAAAAUCUGCCGCUGGAGAGGGAAUUUAAAGCGCCCAAUGUUGACAAAGUGAUUGAAGAAGGAAAGAAGACUCCCACAAAAUUUCGCAAUAUUAAACUGCACAAAAUUGGUGAAAGGAUAGACACUGAAAUGUACACUGCAAGUGGUUGGCCCUCUGUUAGUGGAGAUGCUUUAAAGAGCCUUGCAGGGAAAGUUUCUGCAGAAUGCGAUUUUGCUGAUGAAGAUGAUCAGUGGCAGUCUGAGGAAAACACUGAAAAUUUGCCUAAAACAGGAGCCUCAGAGGCGGCAAAGGUUGGAGCAGUCAAAAAGAGCACAGAAUCUGUCUAUGGUACAGCUUAUGCUGCAUUUGGAGAGGGACAGGAGGGAAAGGAGGCAUGCCAUGCCAUUGCUGCUUUAUGUGAAGUUUGCUCCAUAGACUCUUUGAUAUCCAACUUCAUCCUCCCCUUGCAGGGAAGUCAUAUAUCUGGAAAAAAUGGGCGUAUCCAUUGUUCACUCAAUAUCAACACAGAAACAGGACGCUUGUCAGCUAGGAGACCAAAUUUACAGAAUCAGCCUGCUUUGGAGAAAGACCGCUACAAGAUCCGCCAGGCAUUUAUUGCUUCACCAGGAAACUCUCUUAUAGUUGCUGAUUAUGGACAGUUGGAACUUAGGAUUCUUGCACAUCUUGCCAACUGUAAGAGUAUGUUAGAUGCUUUUAAAGCUGGAGGUGACUUCCAUUCAAGGACUGCAAUGAAUAUGUAUCCACACAUUCGUGAAGCUGUUGAGCAGAAGCGUGUGCUUCUUGAGUGGCAUCCUGAACCUGGCCAAGAAAAGCCCCCAGUUCCUCUAUUAAAGGAUGCUUUUGCUUCUGAAAGACGGAAAGCAAAGAUGCUAAACUUCUCCAUUGCUUAUGGAAAAACUCCCGUAGGUCUUGCCCGUGAUUGGAAGGUUUCUGUAAAGGAAGCCAAAGAAACAGUGAAGCGGUGGUAUAACGGGAGGCAAGAAGUACGGGCUUGGCAGGAAUUACGGAAGAAGGAAGCUGAACAAGAAAGAUGUGUUCACACAUUGCUUGGACGAGCCCGAACAUUCCCGUCAAUGGCUAAUGCUACGAACUUCCAUAGAGGUCAUAUUGAAAGAGCUGCAAUCAACACUCCAGUGCAGGGUAGUGCUGCUGAUGUUGCAAUGUGUGCUAUGUUAGCGAUAUCAAGGAAUGCACAUUUGGGGGAGCUUGGAUGGAGGCUACUUUUACAGGUUCAUGAUGAAGUAAUCCUUGAAGGACCAACAGAGUCUGCUGAGGUUGCCAAGGCUAUAGUUGUCGACUGCAUGUCCAAACCCUUCAAUGGGAGGAACAUUCUCAAGGUUGACCUUUCUGUUGAUGCAAAAUGUGCUCAAGACUGGUAUUUGGCCAAGUAAACAGUAGGUACAACUCGAGAAUGCUAAAAUUUUGUCUUCCCUCAUUCCUCCCCCCUGCUGGCAGAGGCUUCUGCAUUCACUGAUGGCCAUCCCACUAGGGCGUUGGUGCUUUCUGGUCACUAUUCAGCUGGAGAUUAGUACUGUUUUAAUGCUAUUGGCUGCAUCCAACAGAUCAGAAGCUUUUCUGUUGAGAGAAUUGUUGCUUAUUUUCAUGCUGAGUUGGAACCAGUUGGCUGUUUGUCCAUGAGGCGGUAUGACUCAGCUGGGAAUUGGGUACAUAGUUCAAAACAUUGUCUACUCUGGUGGCUUGUAAAUUAGUGCAGAAGUUGUGCUUUGGCGAAGUUCUGGCCUGGUAUUAGAACCUUGACCGCCUUUGGUGUCAUCUUGCAGUUUCUUCUGGAAAAAAUGAGCGCAUGGGAUCUGUAUAUAGACGAUUCUUAUUAUUUUGCCAGGAACUGUGUAUUUUCAUGUGACCUUGAAUUCCAUCCAUUAUGUUCUUGAAUGUCAUGAGACUCUAAUCUUCUAGCAUUAUACACGCCUUUGUAAGGAAGAUCUAUUUACCCAAAUCA